AUGGUCACGGUCGGCAAAUCGCACGGUGACCCUGUUCAUCCGCUUACUACCUCCCCUGAUCCGGUCGCUUCCAACUCCCCGCCUUCGAAACGAGAUUUGGCGUCAUGGUGGAAGCAGUUCAAGCGCAGCACCCGAAAAGAUGAAUUGAAAGCAGAGCCACCACGCGGCAUCUUCGGCGUUCCGCUUAAUGUCAGCAUUAAGUAUGCCAAUGUGGCAAUCUCCUUGACCAACGAUCACGGAGAGAGUUUUAUUUAUGGAUAUGUGCCUAUCGUGGUUGCCAAAUGCGGCGUCUUCCUCAAAGAAAAAGCAACCGACGUGGAAGGUAUCUUUCGACUGAACGGAUCGGCCAAGCGCAUUAAGGAUCUGCAGGAGGUCUUCGACUCCCCCGAGCGAUAUGGAAAAGGGUUGGAUUGGACUGGGUACACGGUGCACGAUGCAGCCAACGUACUUCGCCGAUAUUUGAACCAGUUGCCCGAACCCAUUGUACCCUUGGAAUUCUACGAGCGCUUUCGUGAUCCUUUGCGCAUCUACCAGCAACAAGUCCGAGAAGGAAAGGAGCCGAGCGACGCCGACAAGUUCGACCACGCGAAGGCUGUGGACACCUAUCAGCGACUGAUCAUCGAACUCCCCCCGUUGAACAAGCAACUCCUCCUCUACAUCCUCGACCUCCUUGCCGUCUUCGCCUCAAAGUCCGAUCAAAACCGCAUGCCGUCUAAUAACUUGUCCGCGAUCUUCCAACCGGGAAUGAUCUCCCAUCCUAACCACGACAUGAUGCCAGACGAGUACAAACUCAGCCAAGACGUAUUGAUCUUCCUCAUCGAAAACCAAGACCAUUUCCUCUUCGGCAUGAGCGGCACAGCCGCCGACGAACAAACCAUGAAGGAGGUCGAAGCCGGAAUCCCGCGCCCCUCUCAUUCGAACGUCCGCCGAUCCGUAUCCAACGCCAGCGCAAACACUGAAAGCCACCGCAAGCUGGAUAAUAUCCGUCGCAAUGUCUCAGUUUCGUCGCGUAACUCCCGUCACUCAAACAACGCUCAGAGCCCUGCAACGCCGACCUCGAUGAGUGGCGGCGCCGGCGGUGUUCACCGGAGCAACACUCUACCUUCAAAGAUGGGACCGGUCGUUAGCUCUGCGCGUUAUGCUAGGGCACAUGAUACCGGUUCCAACAGUCCUUCUGGUUUGUUGGUCUCGCAUCAGAGUUCGAGGUCCACUAGUCGAACGCCGUCCGUGCGAGAAGAACCGGAGCAGCCAGCUGCUCAGAAGGCUCCUCAGCAGGCUCCUCGGCCGGUUGCGCAGCCGACUCCCCAAACGGUUCUUCAGCAGGUGCCUCAGCCGAUUUCUCAACCAGCGCCUCAGCUGGCUCCAGAAUUGGUCGUCCAGCCUGUUGCCCAACCUGUCGCUCAACCGGUUCCUGACCUAGCUGAACAGCCGGUUGUUCAACCAGUCGCUCAACCAGUCGCUCAGCAAACCUCUGUUGAAACACCCGAUACCUCUUCUGAUUCACGCCAAAAUGGUCUAUCAGGUUCUUUCUCGGCGACGCAAGGCAACGCAUACGUCCAUACCUCAACACAUGGUCCAUUGCCUCCAGCAGCAGCGGAGCGUCUCAGUAUUACCGAAAUCGCAAGACCGCAUGAGAACUUGCACACACCUAUUGCCUCGCCUCCUCCGGUCGUCACUCCUUCUCGCGAACGCAAACUUUCGAAUUUCUUCACAAAGUCACCACCACCCGACAGUGACCUCAGAGAGCCUCGCCAGCCCAACCGGCUCAGAAAGAAGCGCAUACCCGGUAGUGCAAGCAUGAGCGCGCAAAGCUCGACGACCUCGCUUCACGCCUCUGGGAACGAUCACAGUGCGGAGUUGCACCCUACAAUCGAGCAAGAAUCGGAAGUGGUCGGUGACACCACUCCUCGGCCUCCGAACACCGCGACACUUGGUGGUCCACGAGAGAGCGCAUCCGAGUUCAAUUCAGCCUUGGCAGAGGGCACACCCCAACAUCACUACGACCAUUCUUUGAAACCCAAAAAGUCGCGUACUCCGUCCAUGAACUCACGAUCUUCCUUCACCGAUCAAUCCGACUUGGAACAGUCUGAAGAUGGUCCCCGAAACGAACGUCACGAAAACCGUCGCAGUUGGCGGAACUUCCACCGUUCCUCCAAGUCACUCGGGCUGGGCCUUUCAUCUCCGCCUUUGGUAGCCACAAACCCUGGAGCAGAGCACAGCACGAGUUCAAUCGGCAGUGGCCAGUAUCAGAAUUCUGAACUCUCAAAUCACCCACUCAGUUUGGAUGCAGGAGUUCAAAGCACUGCCUCGAUAGGCCAAGAGACCGAAAAGAAGAGUUUAUUCGGCAAGUUCAAGGCAAAGGUCGCUCAAGUCCGGGAUGGCGUGAAGGAUGAAAUUGAACGUGCAAAGAGCCCAACCCAUUCCGAUACUGAUCCUUCCCUCACCCGCCAACCCCUAUCCCCCAUCGUCACCGAAUCAUCGAAUGGGAAUCCUUCAAUUGAAACGUCACGCGAACCCGCGAAGGAUGAAAGUGUUCGCUCGCCCGUGUCCCCCCUCCCUGGAGCUGGUUUUCCUCCAUCUAUUCCCGAGGAGCCGCAUAGCCCAGUGACAACCGCGGAAGCGCCGAUUCUUGAGCACAAAGAACCUGCUUCUCUGCCAGCCACUGAGUCAGUGCCAGCUUCAGAACCAGCAGCGUCUAGCGAACUGCCCAAAGAAUUGCCCAAAGAAGCUGCCGAGCCUUCCACAGCUACUUGA